AUGAUACGCAUCAGGUAGGUAUUCUAUCUGGCUUGUGUCGGAAAUCAGCGCUGAGAUCGAACAUUGGUUGAUUGUGCAACAGGCAUCCUCAAGGCACCUCCACACUGCACUUGGCACAGGUCAAAACAUUGCAGGACUUGCAAAAGAGCAUCAGUGAAAGUUGUGGAAUCGCAGCUUUGGAUCAAGAGCGUGAGUGAAGGUGCACUCUCUGCGCGCUUCCUCUCCUUUCAGCGUUUGCCUGACAAAAGUACAGCCUGCACUCCUUCGCCGCUCAGUUCGGACUGGAUAUCCCCCACGCCCGCUUAGCGUUUCCACCCUUUCACCCGGCACACUGCUUAGCCAUCCUGACAUUGCUUUGACGGCCGGAAGUCAGCUCACAGUGUCGUCCAAGCCUGCAACCUCAUCCACGCCCAACCGAAGUGCCCACACGAUCCCAGACACUACGUCGUCUGCUAGCUCGAGCCAGAGCGCCGCCGCAGCGGCUCCCAGCGCAAGCAGGACUUUCACUGCUGCACCUUCCACGCCCUUGCCACAAGCCUCCGGCAAUUCAGCAUCCGCAGCACCACCCGCCUUGAAGCCAAAGCCACCAGCCAGUUCUGCCAGAUUUGGCGGGGCAACGACGCCACGCGCGGGAUCAAGUCGGGCACCGCUCUCAUCGUCGGCAUACACCGGCUCGCCGGCAGCAAAGAAGAGCGCCAAGGUAGCUGAUGGGGAGAUUCACGUCCCGCUCGACGGUCAAGCCUUGACGCUUAAAGUUGUGGACGAUGACAAUAGCUGUCUGUUCAAUGCUGUCAGCAUGCUGGUGAAGGGCACCAUUGGAGCUGCUGUCUGUAAAGAGCUUCGGCAGAGUGAGUCGCGCGUGGAGCGUUGCGCUGUCCCACAUGGCCUGGACGCACAUAGGUCAAUCCCUUGGCCAGCUCGCUGAAGGUGUAAGAGCUCUACCCCAUCUGCAGUCGUGAGCUCUGUCGUCCUGUCUUCCCCGGCCGAAUAUCCAGAGGUGAUCUUGGGACAUGACCCAGCGGUAUACGCCGCCAAGAUGCUAGAUCCAAAGACGUGGGGAGGUGCCAUGGAGCUUUCGAUCUUAUCAAAGCAUUUUCAAACCGAGCUGCACGCUGCUGAUGUAGCGAGUGGAGUUGUGCACCGAUUCGGAGAGGGCAUGGGCUUCGAAGAGCGAGCGUGGUUGUUGUACAGCGGCAUGUGAGUACAGACGGUGAUGCAUGGCGCGCUGAGCCGGUGCGGAGUCAGGCUUCGCGUCGCCAAUCGGUCUAAAGCCGCUCGUCCAUCGCCGCUAGCCAUUACGAUGCUAUAGCGCUACUGCCCACUCCGGAUGCCCCCUUGGAAUUUGGCACUUUGAGAUUCCCAGUGCCACCAGUGGGCGUCGAAGAUGUCGUUCUCGAAGCAGUGCAAGAUCUCGUCUCUGUUCUGAAGAAAAGGCACUAGUAAGUAGGCUCGAAGCUAGGAUGCCAGCGUGACGAGGGCUGAAUGAUGUUGACACAGAGCAUCGCUUCGGCGACUGGCAUUCAGCUACACCGAUACGUCGACAUUUGCACUGAAGUGCAAUCGGUGCCAGACACCACUGCAGGGUCAAAAGCAGGCUACGGAGCAUGCCAAGCAGACUGGACACACUGAAUUUGUGGAAAACGAGUGA